AAGUGCAAAGUCAUAAGGACUCCAGGCUCUCACACUGAACGAGUCGCCCAAGCUUGUGAUCGAUGUAGAUCAAAGAAAACAAGAUGUGAUGGUAAAAGACCCCAAUGCUCCCAAUGUGCUGCCGUCGGUUUUGAAUGCAAAAUCUCUGAUAGACUCUCCAGAAGGGCCUUUCCUAGAGGUUAUACAGAAACCUUGGAAGAAAGAGUAAGAGAACUCGAAGCUGAAAACAAAAAAUUUACCUCAGAUUCGGUGCUCCAAAACCCAUCCAUAAAAGAAGAAAUCGAUGAAACCAACACAAACCUUUUAAACUCAAAAAACCUUCAUCUUCUAGAGAAAACAAACCCUCCUUGCGAUGCAAUAAGCAAAGGUUUCCUUCAUAGCCAUGAACCUCACCAUGCUGGCUGCAAUUGCUGUGCAUCCUAUCCCCAUUCAGUCCACGAAAGACCUGUUUCAAUCGCUGGUUCUGUCAAUAUCGAUGCAGGUAUGCUCACUGAUGAAGAAGAUGCUGAUGAUGUUGCCUCCCUAAUAUCCUUUUCCGAUUCAAGCAACUUUAACAACCACAACCACAACUCCCUCUCUCAUAACCACAGAUUUAAACAAAACCAUUUCAUCUCCUCCAACUCCUCUCAAAAUUCACUGAAUCCUCCAAACUUUCACGACAUUAGUUUCGAACAAACUGAAGCUCCAGGAAUUGAAGCUGCUCUAGCCAUUCGCUCUUCAAAAUCUGAGAAAAAUAAUGCCAAAAAUGUCCUAACCAAUCUCGUUGCUUUAUCUAUUCCAAGAUCCACUGAAGAAACGUUGUUCAUUCCUUCCUUAAUUGCAAAAAUCUGCGAUUUCCAUGGCCUAAACUCAAAACCAGCUUUCUUAGCCGCUAAAUCAAUAGCCCUUUUAAAAGAACACAACAACAACAACAACAACAAUAACAACAAUGAUGAUGACCACAACAUGAUAAAUAUUAAAAACAUAAAUUUCAAUAACAUAACAAAAUCAGAAUCAUACUUGUUUUUCACAAAUCUAAAACUACCAAAAAGAAUAGAUCUAGAUCAACUAAUCACCUUUUAUUUCCAAGAAUGGGGUAUGAUUCUAUCCAUCAUUGAUCAAAACCAUUUUCUUAAAUAUUAUGUAAAAUUAACAAAAUCCCUUGAAAUGAAAUUUAAUGAUAAUUCAAUGUUUCACGAUGAAAAAUUUGGUGCCAUCCUAGUCCUUGUUUUAAGUCUAGCGAUGCUUGAAAUUGAAACAAACACUCUAAGCCCUAACUCCUCUCUCAAUUUCCUAAACUCCUCGAUUAAUAGUCAAUCAAAUACAAACAAACUCAACGAAAACGAUUCAACUGCUCAACUGCUAAGAUAUUAUGAUAAUUUAAUUCACCAGUUUAUUAGCUCCUCCAUUGUCAAGUCUAGUUCCAUACAAUCCCUUCAAAUAUUAACUCUAGCCUUAUUAUACUGCGUCAACAUUGGAGAUGCUGACUCCACAUACCUUUUAAGAGGUAAAGUCAUAAGUAUGGCUCAACAGCUUAGAUUGCAUAGAUGUCCAUCAGCUGUUUUAGGUACAAAUGGCUCAACUGUCUCAAAAUUUCUACAAAGUGAAAGAAGAAUCUUGUUUUGGUGUAUAUAUUCUCUAGAUGUCUUUUCUGCUUUGCAAUUGGGUGUUCCUAGACUACUAAAAGAUUACGAAAUAGAAUGUGCAUUGCCAUUUUCAAAUGAUGAUCUUAACGAUGACAAUAAUAUUAAUGUCCUCAUAAUCAACAAUAGUAAAUUGCCCUUGGUAGGAAAGGUUUGCAAUUUAGCAUUGGCUGUAAUGAGAUUUUCCAAAAUUCUAGGUAAUAUUGUCGAUACCAUAUUCAAAAGAGGUGGUGUUGCUUUAAGUUCUUUGGAUAAGACUUGUAUUAUUCAUGAAAACUUGCUUGAUAACUGGAGACGCGAUUUGCCCCCAACUUUAAAAUUCGAAUUAGAUGUCAAUGGCCUACUCAAAAACAACGAAUUCCAAAACUUGAAUUUUAAAAUCCUAAGUCUAAUUAUUCUAUAUUAUGAAGCAAGAAUGCUCAUUUAUCUUCCGAACUUGGCUUCAGAAAUCUACAAUUCAAGAGGCUCUGCAGCUUAUAUAACAAUUCAGCAAUCCACAAACAUCAUUUUGAAUAUAACCAAUUUUCUUAGUACUCAAAAGAAUUAUUUUCCUCCAAUUCCAGUAAAUUUACCAAGAGUAAGAUCAAGAUUGAGUUUAAUGGGUGCAAAGGGAGCUUUGGAAUAUGCUAGAGGUGGUAACUUAUUCCAGGAAAGCAAGACAUUAUUGACCACUGUAAUUAAUGAUUUAAGAAGAGAAACCUCAAUUGGUUUACCUGGUUGUUUAUCCCAUAACUGUAUAAACUUUUUGGAUGAGGCAAUUCAAGCAAUUUUGCAACCUCCAAAAAGUGCUUCAGCUGGUAAUUACAUAAAUUCCAUUGUUAAUAAUAAUAAUAGAAACUCAAAACUGGUCAAGAAGAAAUCACCUCUUAGAAAGACAAUAGAUGUUACUACUAUC